UCACCUGAGCUUCCCCAUACUCUUAUUUGGUUAGGAAACCAAAUAAUAUGAAAUACCUAGGGAAAUUGCCUUUGACAGCGUGUGUGGGGCAAGCUUCAACCCAGAAGGCAGCAAAAUGUCUGUUCACCCCAGGGAUGGGCAGCCUUAGACCAGGUUGCACUUGGAUGGUGGAAGCUGUGCUGCUAACUAAAAUAACAGUCAAAUCUUGUUUGGAUCUGCUAACACUGUUGUGAAGGCACAUGCUGUGAUUACAUUUAAAUAAGGGCGAGCUAAUUUAAUGACUGCUAACGACACUUGUAGGUACGUGAGCAAAAAUAAUAAGGGACUGAAGUGUUCAUCUUCAAGGCAUAAAGGUCUCCUUGGAUGUUUAGCAAGGAAUUUUCCUCUGGCAGUGCACAGUCAGGUGUUUCCAGGCUUCAUGAAUCAAAGUACUCUGUCCUGCAGUAGGCUUGCACUUGGCGUUGUGUUUGGCUCAGCCGAAACAGACCUGGAGUGAAAGUAAAUUGCCCUGAUUGCUAUCAUCCUUUCCUAACUGUUGGGUUAAGGACAGGUAACGCAAAAGGUGUUCUAAGGAAUUGGAACCAUGACAGACUCCAAGUAUUUCACAACUAAUAAAAAAGGAGAGAUCUUCGAGCUCAAGGCUGAGCUCAACAAUGAAAAGAAAGAGAAGAGGAAAGAAGCUGUGAAGAAGGUUAUUGCUGCCAUGACUGUAGGGAAGGAUGUAAGCUCUCUCUUUCCUGAUGUGGUGAAUUGCAUGCAGACUGACAACCUGGAGCUGAAGAAGCUGGUGUAUCUAUAUCUAAUGAACUAUGCCAAAAGUCAGCCAGAUAUGGCUAUUAUGGCUGUGAACAGCUUUGUGAAGGACUGUGAAGAUCCAAACCCACUGAUCCGUGCAUUGGCAGUCCGUACAAUGGGAUGCAUUCGUGUGGACAAAAUCACGGAGUAUUUGUGUGAACCACUCCGCAAGUGUCUAAAGGAUGAAGACCCUUAUGUACGGAAGACUGCAGCCGUCUGUGUGGCGAAGCUGCAUGACAUUAAUGCCCAAAUGGUGGAGGAUCAGGGGUUCCUGGAUUCCCUACGUGACCUGAUUGCAGACUCCAAUCCCAUGGUGGUGGCGAAUGCUGUGGCUGCCUUGUCUGAGAUCAGCGAGUCGCAUCCUAAUAGUAACCUGCUGGACCUGAACCCACAGAACAUUAACAAAUUGUUAACUGCUCUAAAUGAAUGCACCGAAUGGGGCCAGAUCUUCAUUCUGGACUGUCUGUCCAACUAUAACCCCAAGGAUGAUCGUGAGGCUCAAAGCAUUUGCGAGAGGGUGACUCCACGGCUGUCUCAUGCCAACUCGGCAGUGGUGCUCUCUGCAGUGAAAGUCUUGAUGAAGUUCCUGGAGCUCUUACCCAAGGACUCAGACUACUACAACAUGCUGCUAAAGAAACUAGCUCCUCCGCUUGUAACCCUGCUGUCAGGAGAACCUGAAGUUCAGUAUGUUGCUCUGAGGAAUAUCAACUUAAUUGUGCAGAAAAGGCCUGAGAUCUUGAAGCAAGAAAUCAAGGUGUUCUUUGUGAAGUACAAUGACCCCAUUUAUGUCAAACUGGAAAAGCUGGACAUCAUGAUCCGCCUGGCCUCUCAAGCAAACAUCGCCCAGGUUCUGGCAGAACUCAAGGAAUAUGCUACUGAGGUGGAUGUUGACUUUGUCCGUAAGGCUGUGCGAGCAAUUGGACGAUGUGCCAUCAAGGUUGAGCAAUCUGCAGAACGCUGUGUGAGUACCCUGCUGGACCUCAUCCAGACCAAGGUCAACUAUGUUGUCCAGGAGGCUAUUGUUGUCAUCAGGGACAUCUUCCGCAAGUAUCCCAACAAGUAUGAGAGCAUCAUUGCCACAUUGUGUGAGAAUCUAGAUUCCCUGGAUGAGCCGGAUGCCAGAGCUGCCAUGAUCUGGAUAGUGGGUGAAUAUGCAGAAAGAAUAGACAACGCAGAUGAGCUGCUGGAGAGCUUUUUGGAAGGAUUCCAUGAUGAAAGCACCCAGGUGCAGCUCACUCUGCUGACCGCUAUAGUGAAGCUGUUCUUAAAGAAGCCCUCAGAAACGCAGGAGCUGGUUCAGCAGGUCCUAAGCCUGGCCACACAGGAUUCAGACAACCCAGACCUGCGAGAUCGUGGUUAUAUCUAUUGGCGCCUUCUCUCCACGGAUCCUGUGACUGCCAAAGAAGUGGUUUUAUCAGAAAAGCCACUGAUUUCUGAGGAGACUGACCUGAUUGAGCCAACACUGCUGGAUGAGCUCAUCUGCCACAUUGGGUCAUUGGCUUCUGUGUACCACAAACCACCCAAUGCCUUCGUGGAGGGCAGCCACGGGAUCCACCGCAAGCAUUUGCCAAUUCACCAUGGCAGCACUGACGCAGGAGACAGCCCUGUGGGAACCACUGCCACUACCAACUUGGAGCAGCCUCAGGUUAUCCCAUCUCAAGGUGACCUUCUGGGUGAUCUUCUGAACCUUGACCUGGGCCCCCCAGUGAAUGUACCCCAAGUGUCCUCCAUGCAGAUGGGUGCUGUGGACCUCCUUGGUGGAGGGUUAGACAGUUUGCUUGGCAGUGACCUUGGCGGGGGCAUUGGCGGAAGUCCGGCAGUGGGCCAGACCUACAUUCCAUCCUCCGUGCCUGCCACUUUCGCCCCUUCGCCCACCCCAGCUGUGGUGAGCAGUGGACUCAACGACCUAUUUGAACUCUCAUCCGGUAUAGGCAUGGCCCCCGGUGGAUACGUGGCUUCAAAAUCUGUUUGGUUGCCUGCUGUGAAGGCUAAAGGACUGGAGAUCUCUGGUACAUUCAGUCACAGGCAGGGACACAUCUACAUGGAGAUGAACUUCACCAAUAAGGCUUUGCAGCACAUGACUGACUUUGCCAUUCAGUUUAAUAAGAACAGCUUUGGAGUCAUCCCCAGCACCCCGCUAGCCAUUCAUACUCCUCUGAUGCCAAACCAGAGUAUCGACAUCUCCCUUCCUCUCAACACCUUGGGACCAGUCAUGAAAAUGGAGCCUCUCAACAAUCUCCAGGUGGCUGUGAAAAACAACAUAGACGUCUUCUACUUCAGCUGCCUAAUUCCCCUCAAUGUUCUGUUUGUAGAGGAUGGCAAGAUGGAACGCCAGGUUUUCCUUGCAACAUGGAAGGACAUUCCAAAUGAAAAUGAGCUACAAUUCCAGAUUAAAGACUGUCACCUGAAUGCUGAUGCUGUUUCCAGUAAGCUACAGAACAACAAUGUUUACACCAUUGCCAAGAGGAACGUGGAAGGCCAGGACAUGCUCUACCAGUCUCUGAAGCUAACCAAUGGUAUCUGGAUCUUGGCUGAGCUACGUAUUCAGCCGGGAAAUCCGAACUACACGCUGUCCCUGAAGUGCCGGGCUCCUGAAGUGUCCCAGUACAUCUACCAGGCCUACGACGCCAUUUUGAAAAACUAACAGGAUUGGUCCGUGCCUCACCCCACGGAGGGAGAACGGGGGGACUCCGGAUGGUCCUCUUGUUGGUGUGGGCAAAACAGUCUAACUGGAAGCAGCUGUAUUCAUGUGUAGGAUUUCAGUCAAAAGCACUGAGAAACCAAGGUAGCGAUUAGUCUCCACGUGCUAAUAAUAAUAAUAAUAGGGAACAAACCUGUUUGAUAUUUUUAGCGUCCAUGGAAACUUUGUAACCACUGCUUCGACCACCCCCCUGUUACCCUUUCACCACCACUGCUGCUGUUCUUUCUCGUGGGCUUCUCCAUCUCGUGCCAAUGUUCAGCAUUUUCUAAACUGCUUUAGGCGUAGGUAAUAUUUUGUAAAAUAUGGCUCAUUUCAAAACAACCCCCCCCCCACCAAGUCUCUGUUCAUUAAAACAAGGCAAAUGCAUCGAAAACAUAAAAACUGCACUUUAUUUUAUAUUUUUUAUACAUUUGAUUUUUUUUUUUUUAAUUGUAACCGGCUUUAAAAAAACAACAAAGGAAAAGCAAAUCCAUGUCAGUGAAAGUAUCCAAAGGAAUGAGAUGGACUUUCCCAGAGCUAAUGAUGAGCAGAGGGAGCAUGAGAGGGGUCUCAUGUCCAGGAAUUGAAAGGAGGCCCUGUGAGGACUGAUUAUUGUAUUUGUGCUGGGUGACUUGCCCAGUUCAUCCAAAAUAUUACACUCUUCCCUCCCCCGCCUUCUCCCCACCAUUUCCCAGUCAUCUCACCUGCUCACUAGCCACUGAUUUGCUGGACAGGAUUUUUAUUGUGGAGUAGAUGGGAGCACGAGCUGGUUGGGUUUAUAUGACAAUGGUACAGCAUAGUGAAAAACCAAGGGAACAGAAACUUCCCAACUGGGGGCACCUGGUAGAGUGUGGGAUGUCAUCCUUGCCUUUUUCCUGUUUGUAAAACCCCUUUCUUGGUCAUCCCCACCCUGCCUGCUGCCCCUGCCCCCAAUUCACCUGUGUCAGCUCCAACUGGCCUGAUUGCAUUUCAUUUAGCAGUGUGUGUUGGCCAGACUGAAAGACUUAUGCAGGAAAUCUGUAGGGUAAUCGCAGUCACUUGCCCAUGUUUCUCCAUAGCAGCAUCAGCUGAUUCACUUUCACACCUCAGUGUGCUGUGAGCAGGAGCACAGGGCUGCCUUGGGCAAUGAUCACUGAAGUACUGAGGGAUCUGAGACUCACCUUGUCCCCUUUAUAGGUGUGUUCUGAGGUCAGCAAGACAGGACACAGGUUUGCUGCCUGGCAAAUAAUCCCUGGCUUUGGAUAGGCAGGUCUGUCAAAAUCCUAGCAGAUGCUUGGGGGAGAGCAUCCAUAGAACAGGGGAGGUCCCUGAGAAACUGCAGGAGUUGCAGCUUAUCUGGUGGUACUGCAGUAACUACGUGAUGAUGGGAAGGAGGGGGGGGAUCCCUUGGGGUCAGUCUUCUGCCAUGUUUUGAUGUUACUUUGUAACCCUCAGUGCUGGAUGCUCCUGUUUUAGUGGCCAGUGAGCAUGGAGCUUGAGCAGGGUCCUUGGUUCUAGCCCCAAUUCCAAAAGCUGGGUCUGGGCUUCCUGUGCCACAGGCAGUGGACUAGGGAUCAUUUGAGUCCCUGUUGUCUAAAACUCCCCUGCAUGGGGAGGGAUUUAGGAGUGCUCUCUCCCUUCUUUGCCAUAUAUCCUUGUCACAUGGCAUUCUCCAGGGAUCAAGGAUGGCUGCUUGUUGUCUCUAUGUGCUGGGGAGUUGCCAUGUCCCAGGUAAGGAGCUGAAAUGGACUCCAUGAAGGCUAAUAUAAAAGCAAAGCCGCUGCCUGCCUCUGCUCUAUUCAGAAACCCUGCACAGCUUUGCACUUAAAUUAGGCCACACAACAGAAUGGGUUCUGCUGUCCACGCCACUCUCCUGCUUCUGCUUGAUACAGCAUCUUCCCCCUAGUUUGACCAAGGCCCUUCAUGCCUCCCUGGUUUAAACCACUUCCUACCCUUAAAGCAAGUCAUUCACAAGCUUCUGCGGUACCAGUCAGAGGAGAUGGCUGGGGUCCAGUCACCUGUCUUUUGCCACUAUCAGUUCUUUGGAAGGAUACAGAGUGGGGCUGCAAUGUUAGAAAAUAUAAGGAAAAGGAAGGGUCAGCCAGGUUCUGAACUGGAGACUCCUGAAGCCAGUCCUGAGCCAGUGAGUAAGGAGUGGAACAGCAGGAUUCUUAGUCAGUGGUACAGGAUGGUGUCCUCUAUGCAGAGCAAUUUGGUUUGGCAGCAAGACUCCUGGCUAAGAGGAAUGUGGGACAGCGUUGUUGAAGCCUGGCCACUUGCACAUUGAGCCAGCGUGGUGGCUUGGCGCCCUGUGGAUCGGUGGGCUGAGAACGCUACGUAAAUAAUUCUUACAGUAACUAAUAAAGUGCUGGCUGUGCUGAGAUGCACGCUGUUCUCCAUCCUGUCCUGAGCCAAGCUACAUAGUGGCCUUGCCUCUUGGAAGCUUGCUCUUUGGAGGCAAGCUGUGAUAGUAGGCAGAGCAGGCCUGAGAGCUGCCAAGGUGGGAGAAGGCAGCCUGGGUAGGGGACAAGGGACCCCUGCAUGCAGGUCCUUCCCCUUGCUGCAGUGCCACAUAAUGGGUUUUCUGCUCAGUCUGUACCAGAUUAUGCCCGUGAGUUGGAAGAAGCAGAAGAGGAUCUCCAGGAUUAACGCCACAAGUCUUACUCAAUUGGCCCCAGGGAAGAGAGUUCCAACUGAGUACUCAGCCAGUCCUGCCUGCCAUAAACUCCUUCCCAGCAUCCAUGCCUCUCUCCUGGCCUGUGCUGUGUUUGUGUGUCUGCAUGCUGUGAAGCGUGGUAUGUGGGGAGAGGAGCAGGAAGGCAAGGAAGGGGGGUUGGUCAGUGGCAGCCCCAUUCCAUUGGUUUUAUUGUUCAUCCUUUCCGAUGUGUUCACUUUUUGGUAAGCUUUCCCUUGUGUCCUUGUCAAUAAACUGUCAUUUACACUAAG